GGGUGCGGCUCCAGGAAACGGCGCGCUCGCCGCUCUGCGCUCCAGCGACCCGACGCGCCCCAGACGACCCCGCUGACGCAGCCAGACCCCCCGGCGGGCACCGGCGGCGGCAGGGAGAGCGGCCCCCGGCCCGCGCCUCCGAUCCGUCCCCACAGACGGGGCGGGCGGCGCCGACGGGAGCCCGGGAGGCCAUGGGGACCUGGGCCGGGCCAGCGGUCGCGGGCCGGCGGGAGCCCGGGGUCUGAGGAGCGGGCGGCGGGGGCGGCGGGGCCAUGACCUCCGUGUGGAAGCGCUUGCAGCGCGUGGGCAAGCGGGCCGCCAAGUUCCAGUUUGUGGCCUGUUACCACGAGCUGGUGGUGGAGUGCACCAAGAAAUGGCAACCAGACAAGCUGGUGGUGGUGUGGACCCGGCGGAACCGACGCAUCUGCUCCAAGGCCCACAGCUGGCAGCCAGGCAUCCAGAACCCGUACCGGGGCACCGUGGUGUGGAUGGUACCUGAGAACGUGGACAUCUCUGUGACCCUAUACAGGGACCCCCACGUGGACCAGUAUGAGGCCAAAGAGUGGACGUUUGUUAUCGAGAACGAGUCCAAGGGGCAGCGGAAGGUGCUGGCCACUGCUGAGGUGGACCUGGCCCGCCACGCGGGGCCUGUGCCUGCCCAAGUCCCGCUGCGGCUGCGGCUGAAGCCCAAGUCGGUGAAGGUGGUGCAGGCCGAGCUGAGCCUCACUCUCUCGGGGGUGCUGCUGCGGGAAGGCCGAGCCACGGACGAUGAUAUGCAGAGCCUUGCAAGCCUCAUGAGCAUGAAACCUAGUGACGUGGGCAACUUGGAUGACUUUGCCGAGAGUGAUGAGGAGGAGGCUAAUGGUCCAGGGGCCCCGGAGGCGCGAGCUCGUGUCUCCCAGCCAGAUACCUCUCGGGAGCUGAAGACACUUUGUGAGGAGGAGGAGGAGGGCCGAGUUCAGCCCCAGCAGGCAGCUGCCAGCCCUUCUAGUGUUGAGGAUACCAGCCUGGCCCCUGUGAGUGCACCUGCGCCCCCAGUCAGGUCCCCCAGGGGCCAGGGGUCAGAAGCGGCUACUGUAGCCGGGGGCCAGGUGGGGCCCAAGGCCCCAAGGCCCCCCGGAACCCCGCCGGAGACGAGGUCCUCAAGACAUCCAGGCCAGGAUGUGGCCCCCACCCCGGCCCCUCGGCUCCGGAGAGGCUCUGAUGUCCCCUGGCCCCCAGUCCACCAAGGGGAGAAGGAGGCCCCCAAGGCCUCAGGGACUCCCUCAGCAGGAGUGGAUUCUGCUGUGGAGACUCAGGCCUGGGCCAGCCCUCAGGAGGGGACAGAGGCCCAGGGAGCUGAGCUGGGCCCAGGCAUUGAGGACAGAGACUCCAGCAACUCUUUGGAAGGGCAGAAACCCAAGGCUGAGGAGGGGGGUCUUGGGGACAUGCCAGAAACUAGUGGGGUGGACACUGAGCAUGAAUCAGGAGUCAGAGAGGUGAGCAGUCCGAGGUCAGAGGUCAGAGCUGGGAAGGGUGAAGAGAGUGUAGAAAUUGGUCUGGUGGCUGCUGAGCAGAAGUCAAAGGUGAGACAUGUGGACACUAAGGGAGCAGAGGCUACAGGGGUGACAUCAGAGGCAAGAUUCAAGGCGACUCCUGAGGCUCCUCCACGAGGCUCUCAGGGGAGAACAGCAGUCAGGACCAGGGAUGAGGCUCCCCAAGUCCUGGGCCCACCCCCAGCAGAGCCUGCAGGGCCUUCCAGGCACCUCGAUGACCUCAAGGGGGCCAGUGCUGCUGCACGCCAGGAGAGAGAGGGUGCAGAGGUGUGGGGCAGAGCCCCUGGUGUUGGGGGGACAGGCCUGGAGGAGGGCCCCUCUGCUGGAGCAGCAAGCGCAGGGCCCCAGGUGAGCAGGUGCCAGGAGGCACCACCAGUAGCCGACCAGGGGGCAAUGUCCAGGGGUCUGAGGGUCUGGGAGGUGGAAACUGGGGAUUCGAGGGUCCUGGGAACAGAGGCAGGGGUGGAAGAGUCAGAAUUAUUGGGGACCCAGGAGACAGAGGUAGGGGGGUCAGGGUUCCCAGAGACAGAGACUGAGACAGCACAAGUGGAGAUACUAGGGGCCCAGGAGUCGGAGACUGCUGACGUGGCAGAGUCUGAGGAACUAGGGAACCGGAAAACAGAGGCUGGGGGUUCAGGAGUUUUGGAGACAAAGACUUGGAUGUCAGAAACUGAGCUAUUAGGGCCCCAGGAGAAAUCUGGGGGCUCAGCAGGACUGAAGAUAGAAGCCGAGACAGUGGAGUCUGACAUAUUGGGGGCCCAGGGGACAGAGGUGCCAGGUUCCAGGGUGCCAGAGAUAGAAGCUAGGGGUGCAGAGGCAGAGGUACUGGGGACUCAGGAGAAAGAGCUGGGGCAUUCAGGGAUCUCAGAGAUAAAAUCUGAGGUAAGAGGGACCCAGGAAACAGAGGUAGGGGGUUCUGAGGUCUUAGGGUUUGAGACUGACACAGCAGAGGCUGAGACAUUGGGGCCCCAGGAGAUGGUAGCUGGGGGUUCGGUGGCCCCAGGGAUAGAGGCUGAGGCAGAAGGGGCUCAGGAGACAGAAGUGGGAGAUUCAGGGUUCUCAGGGCCAGGACUUGGAAUGGCAGAGGCUGAGGGACUGGGGACUCAACAGACAGAAACUGCAGUUUUAGAGGCUGAGAAGGCAAAAGCUAGGACUUCUGGGGUCCAGGAGGCAGAGUCGGGACUCUGGGGGACCCUCAAAUAUGAGGGUUUAAGGGUCCCAGUCAUAAAGCAUAAAGUUUUAGGGUCCCAGAGAGCAGAGGCAGAGACUACAUUUUUGAGGGGCCAGGAAGCAGAGGGUGGGUUUUGGGGGGUUUCAGAGGCCAUGCCUGAGGUUUGGGGGGCCAAGGAGGCAGAGAGGAAGGUUCCAGGGGUUUCAGAGAACCAAUCUGGUAUUUUUGAGGCCCAGGAAGCAGAGGCUGGGGUCUCAGGAACCGAGAAGGGAAAAGAAGCUGAGGGAAACCUCCCAGAGGCCAGCCUGAUUGAGGUGCAGGUGGCCAGUGGGGCAGGGGCUGGGGUGCCCAGCCCCUCGGGGGCCUCUUCCCCAGAGGAACCUGAAGAGGACAGGAGGCUGCCGGGCAGCCAGGCACCACCUGCCCAGGUCAGCUUCAGCCAGUCCCUGCUGGAGUGGUGCCAGGAAGUCACUGCCGGCUACCGUGGUGUUCGAAUCACCAACUUCACUACAUCCUGGCGCAAUGGCUUGGCCUUCUGCGCCAUCCUGCACCGAUUCUACCCAGACAAGAUCGACUUUGCCUCCCUUGAUCCACUAAACGUGAAACAGAACAACAAGCAGGCCUUCGAUGGCUUCGCGGCCCUCGGCGUGUCGCGGCUGCUGGAGCCCGCGGACAUGGUGCUGCUGGCGGUGCCGGACAAGCUCAUCGUCAUGACGUACCUGUGCCAGAUCCGCGCCUUCUGCACGGGGCAGGAGCUGCAGCUGGUGCAGCUGGAGAGCGAGGCUGGGGGGGGACGCGCCCGGCACCUCCUACGAGUGGCCAGCGCCCAGCCGAGCCCGCCCGACGAGCUGGAUACGGCGGGCGAUCCCUGGCGCAGACGGAGCCGACGAGGCACAGGGCCUGAAGGCUGCCACCAGGAGCUCCAGGAGGCCGCGACCCGCGCGGACCGGGCGGCCCCGGAGGCGGCCUCCAAGGACCGUGGGGCCGAGGCUGCCCAGGAGGCGCGCUCCGCGGAGGCCCCCGCCGACGGCCCCGGAGCCCGGGCGUCCGAGCCCCCGGCAGAGGGGCUGGUGAACGGAGUUGGGGCGCCGGGCGCCGCGGGCGGCGUCAGGCUGCGGCGGUCGUCGGUCAACGCGGAGGCCGGGCCGGUGCCCCCGCCCCGCGCGCACGGCUCCUUCUCCCACGUGCGCGACGCUGACCUGCUGAAGAAGAGGCGCUCGCGGCUGCGGAACAGCAGCUCCUUCUCGGUGGACGAGACGGACUCGGGAGCAGGAGGAGCGGCCGGAGCGGCAGCGGAAGGUGUGAGCCCUGACCCCAGCCCUGCCCCUGGCCCUGCCCCCGCCACAGCCCCACAGCAGCCCCCUGGUGGGACUCCCGCUGCGGAGGAACCACCCCCAAGCCCGGGGGAGGAGGCUGGGCUGCAACGUUUCCAGGACACAAGCCAGUACGUGUGCGCAGAGCUGCAGGCCCUGGAACAGGAACAGAGGCAGAUAGAUGGACGAGCGGCCGAGGUGGAGACGCAGCUGAGGAGCCUCAUGGAGUCAGGUGCCAACCGGCUGCAGGAGGAGGUGCUGAUCCAGGAGUGGUUCACACUGGUCAACAAGAAGAACGCGCUCAUCCGGAGGCAGGACCAGCUGCAGCUGCUCAUCGAAGAGCAGGACUUGGAGCGGAGGUUCGAGCUGCUGAGCCGGGAGCUACGGGCCAUGCUGGCCAUUGAAGACUGGCUGAAAACGGCCGCGCAGCAGCACCGGGAGCAGCUCCUGCUGGAGGAGCUGGUGUCGCUGGUGAACCAGCGCGACGAGCUGGUCCGAAACCUGGACCAGAAGGAGCGGAUCGCCCUGGAGGAGGACGAGCGCCUGGAACGCGGCCUGGAGCAGCGGCGCCGCAAGCUGAGUCGGCAGCUGAGCCGGCGCGAACGCUGCGUGCUGAGCUGAGGCCGCGCGGACCCACCCGUCCUCGCCCCUCCGGGCCCGUCCGGACCGCAGCGCCCGUCGGCCCGCGGCCGCGCCGGGUCGCCGCCUCGGGCCUGCGCGCGCGCGAGGACGGGACCCGCCGAUGCCGCGCGCGGCCAGUAGGGGCCGCCGUCACCCUUUGCCGGGAGGGGAAGCGCGGCCCUUCCGGCCCCGACGGACGCGAGCGGCGGGGCGUCCGCGCCGUCCGGGCCGUAUUUAUUCGACCGCGUGAGUGUGUGUGCGUGUGUUCGCGGUGGGCUGGGGGAGGCCGGGCGCGCGCCCCGGAGGCCCUUCCCGAGGGCCGGGUCCGGCCGGCCACCCCCGUGGGAGAGGGAUGGCUCGCGAACUGCCACGCCCCGCUCUCGCUUCUGGUUCCUCGCGAGCAAUAAAGUUAGAAAAGGCCAA